AUGAACCCUCCCUCUACAAAGGUCCCCUGGGCCGCCGUGACGCUGCUGCUGCUGCUUUUGCUACCGCCCGCGCUCCUGUCGCCGGGAGCGGCAGCGCAGCCCCUGCCCGACUGUUGCCGCCAGAAGACGUGCUCCUGCCGCCUCUACGAGCUGCUGCACGGCGCGGGCAACCACGCGGCCGGCAUCCUCACGCUGGGCAAGCGGCGGCCGGGACCCCCUGGCCUCCAGGGCCGGCUGCAGCGCCUCCUGCAGGCCAGCGGCAACCACGCAGCCGGCAUCCUGACCAUGGGCCGCCGCGCAGGCGCAGAGCCAGCGCCGCGCCCCUGCCCCGGGCGUAGAUGUCCCGCCCUGGCCGCUCCCUCUGCGGCGCCUGGGGGACGGUCUGGAGUCUGAGCCGUUGCUCUGGCCGGGUUCUGGCCCUGCCCUCUCCUCGCUGCCCGCCGGGUGUCAGCCCUCAGAAAAAGGGCAAUAAAGACGAGUCUCUG